GAAGGCCUUGGCCGCGGAAGCGAAAGCGAAAGCGAAAGCUGCUCGCGCCCAGACGCCCGCCCUGGCUGAGCGUAGCUGGCUGACCAGAGCCGGUAGCGAAGUUGGGAGAGGCGGAGCGGACCUCAGCGCUGAAGCAGAAGACCCCGGAGCUGCAGUCUCCCCGCCGCGGCUGAGCCAUGCCGCUCCCUGACCUGAGACCCUGGACCUUCCUGCUGCUGGUGGACGCGGCUUUACUGUGGCUGCUUCAGGGCCCUGUGGGGACUUUGCUUCCUCAAGGGCUGCCAGGACUAUGGCUGGAGGGGACCCUGCGGCUGGGAGGGCUGUGGGGGCUGCUGAAGCUAAGAGGGCUGCUGGGAUUUGUGGGGACACUGCUGCCCUCACUCUGUCUGGCCACCCCCCUGACUGUCUCCCUGAGAGCCCUGGUCGCGGGGGCCUCACGUGCUCCCCCAGCCAGAGUCGCUUCAGCCUCUUGGAGCUGGCUGCUGGUGGCAUACGGGGCCGCGGGGCUCAGCUGGUCACUGUGGGCUGUUCUGAGCCCUCCUGGAGCCCAGGAGAAGGAGCAGGACCAGGUGAACAACAAAGUCUUGAUGUGGAGGCUGCUGAAGCUCUCCAGGCCGGACCUGCCUCUCCUCGUUGCCGCCUUCUUCUUCCUUGUCCUUGCUGUCUUAGGUGAGACAUUAAUCCCUCACUAUUCUGGUCGUGUGAUUGACAUCCUGGGAGGUGAUUUUGACCCCCAUGCCUUUGCCAGUGCCAUCUUCUUCAUGUGCCUCUUCUCCUUUGGCAGCUCACUGUCUGCAGGCUGCCGAGGAGGCUGCUUCACCUACACCAUGUCUAGAAUCAACUUGCGGAUCCGGGAGCAGCUUUUCUCCUCCCUGCUGCGCCAGGACCUCGGUUUCUUCCAGGAGGUGAAGACAGGGGAGCUGAACUCACGGCUGAGCUCGGAUACCACCCUGAUGAGUAAUUGGCUUCCUUUAAAUGCCAAUGUGCUCUUGCGAAGCCUGGUGAAAGUGGUGGGGCUGUAUGGCUUCAUGCUCAGCAUAUCGCCUCGACUCACCCUCCUUUCUCUGCUGGACAUGCCCUUCACAAUAGCAGCCGAGAAAGUGUACAACACCCGUCAUCAGGCAGUGCUUCGGGAGAUCCAGGAUGCAGUGGCCAGGGCAGGGCAGGUGGUGCGGGAGGCCGUUGGAGGGUUGCAGACCGUUCGCAGUUUUGGGGCUGAGGAGCAUGAAGUCUGUCGCUAUAAAGAGGCCCUUGAACAAUGCCGGCAGCUGUAUUGGCGGAGAGACCUGGAACGCGCCUUGUACCUGCUCAUAAGGAGGGUGCUGCACUUAGGGGUGCAGGUGCUGAUGCUGAGCUGUGGGCUGCAGCAGAUGCAGGAUGGGGAGCUCACCCAGGGCAGCCUGCUUUCCUUUAUGAUCUACCAGGAGAGCGUGGGGAGCUAUGUGCACACCCUGGUAUACAUAUAUGGGGAUAUGCUCAGCAACGUGGGAGCUGCGGACAAGGUUUUCUCCUACAUGGACCGACAGCCAAAUCUGCCCUCACCUGGCACACUGGCCCCCACCACUCUGCAGGGGGUUGUGAAAUUCCAAGACGUCUCCUUCGCAUAUCCCAAUCGCCCCGACAGGCCUGUGCUCAAGGGGCUGACGUUCACCCUACGUCCUGGUGAGGUGACGGCGCUGGUGGGACCCAAUGGGUCUGGGAAGAGCACAGUGGCUGCCCUGCUGCAGAAUCUGUACCAGCCCACCGCGGGACAGGUGCUGCUGGAUGGAAAGCCCGUCUCACAAUAUGAACACUGCUACCUGCACAGCCAGGUGGUUUCAGUUGGACAGGAGCCUGUGCUGUUCUCCGGUUCUGUGAGGAACAACAUUGCUUAUGGGCUGCAGAGCUGCGAAGAUGAUAAGGUGAUGGCGGCUGCCCAGGCUGCCCACGCAGAUGACUUCAUCCAGGAAAUGGAGCAUGGAAUAUACACAGAUGUAGGGGAGAAGGGGAGCCAGCUGGCUGCGGGACAGAAACAACGUCUGGCCAUUGCCCGGGCCCUUGUGCGAGACCCACGAGUCCUCAUCCUGGAUGAGGCCACUAGUGCCCUGGAUGUGCAGUGCGAGCAGGCCCUGCAGGACUGGAAUUCCCGUGGGGAUCGCACGGUGCUGGUGAUCGCUCACAGGCUGCAGACGGUUCAGAGCGCCCACCAGAUCCUCGUUCUCCAGGAGGGCGAGCUGCAGAAGCUUGCCCAGCUCCAAGAGGGGCAGGACUUCUAUUCCCGCCUGGUGCAGCAGCGGCUGAUGGACUGAGGCCCCAGGGAUACUGGGCCGUCUUCUCAGGGGCGUCUCCAGGACCCAGAGCUGUUCCUGCUUUGAGUUUCCCAGAGCUGUGUGGCCAGAUAGUUAUUCCUGAGUUGCAGGCACGAUGGAGAUUUGGACCCUGUGUGCCUUUGGUGGGAUGGAAGGGUGGGGUGGGUUUGGGUGGGGGCUGUCUAGGAAACUUAAUUCCUUGGUGACUAGAGCUUUGCCUGGUGAUGAGGAGUAUUUUGUGGCAUAAUAAAUAUAUUUUAAAAUAUUUUCCUUCUUACAUGAACUGUAUACAUUCAUGUAGAAAAUUUAGACAAUAUAAAAAAGUACUAAGAAGAAAAGUAAAAGUACCCGUUGUGUCACUUCCCAGAGAUAACCGUAGUUACUAUUUUGCUGCCUGUCCCAUCAGUUGUUUGUCUGUUUUUUGUGAUAGAAAUUAACAAAAAAUGACAUAAAUAUUCAUGAGAUUGCCUUUCUAUAUCCUUCCCUGUUCCCACCAGUAUCUGCUAUUUUGAAGAAGCUAGGGUAUGGAGGGACAGAGAACAGUUCCCUGAUUAACAGUAUUAAUAUCAACAUUGGUAACAGCUACAAUUUAUAGAGUUUUAAUGUGAGUAGGAACUAUGCUAAGUGUUUUCAAUGUAUUAUCGUUUUUAAUCAUUAUCCCCAACCCUAUGAGGUUGGUUAUUACCCCUGUUUUACAGACGAGGAGACUGAAGCUCACAGGGGUUAAAUGACUUUCCCAAGGCGGUCAUAGUAGUGGACUUGGAGUUUGAACACAGGCCUGACCCUAGAGUCCACACGCUGACCCAAGAAAUGAUACUGCAUCUUGGGUCCAUAAACCCUAAUCCAUAAUCAGAUUGAGAAAAGCUCUGCUGCUUUGAGCUCUAAAUAAUUCUGAAUCUAUUCUCUUCUCUCCGGUCCCAUUGUUACAGUCUUCACUCAUACACUUAAGAUAAUCCCAUCACCAGAGCGGUUUCUCUGCCAUUAGCUUCCCUCUUCCAGCCAUUCUUCACAAAGUCAUUUUUCUAAAUUGUAUGUCACAUACGAUGAUGGCAUUUCUGAAAAUUCCUUCAGGUGCUCUUGAGCCCUACUGCAGAGAUCCUUUUCAGGGCACACAGUGUUCCAGCCCAUCUGUCUCAGCCUUUCUUGUCGCAUUCAGCUCCACAACAAACUUCUUGCCCUCCCCAAUACCUUUGUGCCUUUGCAUAUGGUGUUUUCUUGCCCAUUUUCUGCUUGACUCGCCCCUGAUUUUCAAGUUCAAGACCUAACUCAGUUUUCAGGUCUUCCAGGAAGCCUUCCUUACGUCGUCAGUCUGGGCAAAGAGCCCUUUCCACGUGCUUCUAUCACUGUGUGGUUACCUCUUUCACAGCCCUUUUAAAGUUCUAUCUUCCCCUUCCCAGCUUUUUUGACCUUCCACCAGGCCAUGAGCACCUGGGUGGAAAGCCACAUAUCUUAUGAAGCUUUAUAUCUGCUACCUGGUCGAGGGCCAAAUUCAUAGUGGAGAAUAAAUAAAAAGUCCGUUGAAUAAAUGAAUAAAUAUCUCCUCCAUAGUGCUCAAUCUUAAUCCUCCCUGCCCACUCCCACUACUGAAAGUGCAACAUUGUACAGAUCACUGGUUGAUGGGAGGGACUUAACUUGGAAGGUUGCUAUUCUAGGAAAGAGAAACCUUCAUAUUCCCGGAAAUAGCAGGUACUUUCCAGUGCUGGCAACGGAUUCCCCAUGGAUUUUUUCUUGCCUGUUGGCUGUUGGGAGCAGGGUGCAGUGAGGAUGGGGUAAGAGUGGGCAGUUCUUGUGCAGAUUUGCCUUUCUUUCAUCCUGGGGCUGACUUGCAGCUCCACACCCAUCCAUCUGUCAAAUUUCACAGACAGUAAAAUAGGCCUUUGGAGAGAAAGAGCUCUGGCCUGAUUCCUUUCCCUCCCACAAAUGUCCUUUAUUCAUAAAACAGGAAUAAUAAUUCCUGUAUCUCCCAACUUUAUGGAAGCUGAAGCCCUCACGGAAGAAGAUGAUCUGAGAAAUUCUUUGAUUUCCUCAGUGCAGUUACACCCAUGCAUCAUCAUACUUUAAGCCUGGAAGGCAUCUUAAAAAUAAUGUAACAGUCAAAUCUAAUUUUACAGAGAAACUCACAUGAAAUCACACAGCUCAUCAUGAUAAAGUUGGGUGGAAAACUUAUCUUGAUGGGCAGUGCAGGAAGAAGCAGUAGAUCUUAAGAUGUCCUGAAAGUUUCUUAUCUCAGGGGAAACUCCCAGGUAGGCUUUAUGUCAGGGACACAGAAAAAUGUUCUCUGAAAGUCGUAAUAUUCGGGCUAGACAGACAAAUUCCUGUAAGUGUGGUGUGUCUAGGAACCACAGAUGUCACUAAUCCUGGUUUGCUCCAGAGUUCUUUUUGUUCACUCCUACCCUCCAUCACCAUUUGAUUGAUCUCCUUACCCUAUAAUUUCCCCUUCUUGUCACUUACCUGCAGUAUCUUUCCCACCUAGGCAUGCCUUAUUCUUUCUGAAGGAAAGUAUGAAUGGAGAGGGGAAAGCUUGGGAAACUGAUAGGUUUCCUUGGACGCCAAAACAACUCCAUACUGUGUCUGCCCGGUCCUAUGUGGAAACAGCAUUGAGUUUCAAGUCCUUUAUGCCUCCACCCAGGGAUAGCCACUUGGAAUCCACAUGGCAAUUGUGAAACAAGAGGAGGAAAUGCGGAAUUGUCAGAAUUUUGCUGGGGAAGGGACUAGGGAAUAAGGAAAACAAAGAUCUUCCUUGUGUUUUAGAGCUGUCAGCUAGAGGAGCACGUGCUUGAGUCUGAUGCCAUCUGAUGGUCCCAGAAGAUACUGGAUUUUGAACCUAGAGUUCCAUGGACUCUUAGGAAUUAUACUACUACUACUAAGCGUUCACUGGUGCUUACUAUGUGCUAUUGCUGUGCUAAGUAUCUGACACAUAUCUUCUUACCUUAUUUUCAAGAUAAUUCUCUGUGGCAGGUAUUACUGUCUCAAUUCUAACAAGGAGAAAAUGGAGUUUCAGAAACAUUUACUAACUUGCCUGGGUCACAUAGCUAAGGAAAAAGUGGACUUUGCCCAGCUUUGCAAAACAGCUCCUCAAAAGAGUUGCCUAUACUCCCUGAUUCCACUUACCUUCCUACUAUCCUCUUUUAAAAAUAUAUUAUUUAUUUAUUUAAAUAAGCAAUAUAUUAAUGUGGUUUCAAAUUCAAAAGACACAAAAAAAUAUACAGAGGAAACCCUCACUCUCAAUCCUUCCCCAAGGUUUGCUAAUCCCUCUUGCACAGGCAAUCUGUGCUUCCAGCUUUGUGUUUAUUCUGCCAGAGUAGUUUACUGUGUAUUAAGCAAAUAUGUAUAUCUUUAUUCUUGCUCAGUAGUUUUGCAAACAGCAGCUCUCUAAGUUCACUGUUCUGAACUUUAUUUUUUAAAUUAAAAAUAUAUGGCUAUGUAGUAUUC